AGCAAAGCAAGAAACCAGGUAGACUGGGACCUCCAGUUUGCAGGAAAAGUGGGCUGGCGGGCACCUUGCGGCUCCUUUCCCGUUUCAGUUUCACCACGAAGCACUUAGAGAGAGUGACUCCAUUUUGGUCUGGUCUGGGACCCCAGGCAGGAGCUCGGACCCCAACCAUAGCCUCUCAUAGUUUUACCAGAGGGUGAGACUAGCAGCAGCUUUCACAGAGUAAUGAUUCUAAACCAUCGCUUCCGCCAGGAACUGUCCAAGAGCCUGCUGAUGGCGCCCACACCGGGAAGAAGUGAUGAUGUCCUGUGGUCAGAUCCCCCCCAGGGACCCCUUGAUGCCUACCGAGUGCGAGCAUCCUUCAGCCCCAGGGAGCUGCAGCUCUUCUGGGAGGGCGAGGACACGAUCCGCUUCAAGAAGGCCGUCUUCUCGACUUUGGAGAAGGACCCGCUCUUUGCUGGCUCCCGUGGGGCGGAUCUGUCCCUGGAGAAGUACCGUGAGCUGAGCUUCCUCCGGUGCAAGCGGGUCUUUGAGUAUGGCUUCUUCGGCUUGGACAACCUGAACCAGAGCCAGGCCCUGAUGUACUGCCUGGGUGCAUAUGACUGGUCGGUGACCGUCAAGUUAUCCCUCCACCUGAUGGUUUUUGGAUCGGUUCUUCAGAGCCUCGGCUCUGAACGGCAUCACAAGUAUAUUGAAAAGGUCUGGAACAUGGAGAUCUUCGGCUGUUUUGCUCUGACUGAAUUGAGUCACGGGAGCAACAUCCAGGCCAUCCGAACGACUGCACACUAUGACCCCGCCACGGAGGAGUUCGUCAUCCAUUCCCCCGAUUUCGAAGCUGCCAAGUUCUGGGUGGGCAACAUGGGCAAGACGGCGACCCACAGCGUGGUGUUCGCACAGCUGUACACGCCGGACGGCCAGUGCCACGGGCUGCACUCCUUCGUGGUACAGAUCCGGGACCCGAAGACGCUCCUCCCCAUGCCAGGUGUGAUGGUUGGUGACAUGGGGCGGAAGCUCGGGCAGAACGGCCUGGACAAUGGUUUCGCCAUGUUCCACAAGGUGAGGAUUCCCCGUGAGAACCUCCUGAACCGGACCGGGGACGUCACCCCCCAGGGCACCUAUGUCACCGCCUUUGAGGAUGCCAAGCAGCGCACCGGGGUGUCCCGGGGAAGCCUGUCUUUGGGGCGCGUCUUCAUCACGAGCAUGUGUGUGGUGAACCUGCAGCAGGCCGUGUGCAUUGCAAUCCGCUUCUCAGCCACGCGGCGUCAGUUCGGCCCCGCGGAGGAGGAGGUCCCGGUGCUGGAGUACCAGAUGCAGCAAUGGCGCCUGCUCCCGUAUCUGGCGGCGGCCUACGUCCUGGAUCACUUCUCCAAGACGCUGUUCCUGGACCUGAUGAGACUGUAUCAAGGCCUGCUCAGGGGAGACCACAAGGCCCUGCAGCACAAGCAAAAGGACAUUUACCAAGCACAUGCAGGGCAUGAGAGAGGACAGCCCCACCUACGCCUGGGCCCGGUGCACGAGCUCAGCCGCGAGAUCCAUGCCCUGGCCACGGCCGCCAAACCCCUGGUCUCGUGGACGGUGCAGCAAGGAAUCCAGGAGUGCCGGGAGGCAUGCGGCGGGCACGGCUAUCUGGCAGUGAACCGAUUGGGCGACCUCAGAAAUGACAAUGAUCCAAACUGCACAUACGAGGGUGACAACAAUGUCCUGUUGAGGCAGACCAGCAAGUACCUGCUGAGCUUCCUGGAGAACCGCGAGCAAGAUGGAGUGCACUUCCAAAGCCCACUGCGGACCGUGGACUUCCUGGAGGGCUACCCCAGCCUGCUUGGCCAGAGGUUCCAGGGUACCAGCAUGGCCGAUUGGCUGGACCCCACAGCCCCUCUGGCCGCAUACAAGUGGCUGGUUUGCUACCUGCUCCAAAGGAGUCACCAGAAAAUCAUCCAGGAGAAGAGAUCAGGACGAAGUGACUUUGAAGUGCAGAACAACAGCCAGGUCUACCACUCCCGGACCCUGGCCCUGGCCUUCAUGGAGCUGACUGUGGUGCAGAGGUUCCACGAGCGCGCGCACGGCCCCGACGUGCCCCCCUCACUGCGGGCCGUGCUCGGCCGGCUCAGUGCGCUCUACGCCCUGUGGUCCCUGAGCCGGCACAUGGCUCUGCUGUACCGAGGUGGUUACCUUUCUGGCGAGCAGGCAGGUCAAGCACUGGAGGAUGCCAUCCUGGACCUGUGUGCCCAGCUGAAAGACGAUGCAGUGGCCCUGGUGGACGUGAUCGCCCCUCCUGACUUUGUUCUGAACUCCCCGAUUGGCAGAGCUGAUGGCGAGCUCUACAAGAACCUGUGGGGCGCAGUGCUGCAGGAGAGCGGCGUGCUGGAGCGGGCAUCCUGGUGGCAGGAGUUCUCCGUCCACCGACCCGUGGUGGGCAGCCUGAAGUCCAAGCUGUAAGCGCCCAGCAGCGGGCAGGCAGCUGGCGCUGAGCAAGUCCCCUGGCAAGACAGGGACACGGAGUCCAGCGGCAGAGAUGCCAGGAUGGUCCCGUUGCACAUGGUCACACUGGGCCGGUCGUACCCGAAGUGCAGGGUCGAGCUGGGGUGGGAUGAUCUGCUGUAAACACCGGGAGCUCGCAUGACCGCAUCUUCCUGGUAAAUACAGGGCUUUGGUGAUCGGGAUCUUACACACUCUCUUCUCAGGCACAGAUGCCGAGUGUGAACUAAACUGCGUAUGAUUAAGGGUUUUCUGGCCGGAUGAUCUUUUGAAUGCAUUUUUUUUUUUUACACAGCUCCACUUCACUGAGAAAUGACCCUUGCCACUCUGACCCUGUGUUCACUCUAGUUUGACUUUCUCACACAUAAUCAGUUAUAUUAGGACCUGAUUAGUUUGUACUGUGACUCAUCUGAAUAACAUAGUUUAAGACUUUGUAAGGAUAAAUUUUUAUUACUUUUUUUGUGGAAAAAGAAGUUUCCACUGAGAAAUUAUUCUAAAAAAGCAGCACUAAUAAUCUGAACGUCUGGACAGUUUGGCCGCCGAUGUCCCCUAUGUGCAAAUCACUUUGUAUGUGAUGUGUUUAGUCCAUCUGCCCCUAAAGCAGGUGGUACCCCCCGUGCCUCUGGUCCAUCCUGGGCAUGCCUCAGCAAACCUGCAUGCCCGACAUGCCCUGCAGUGCCCGCCGCAGUGUACACGAGCUCUUCAUGCCUUUUAGGGAGCUGUGGUCCUCUCAGCCCAUCUCUUCUGCUGUUCUAAACAACGGGAGUGAAAGAUGCCAGACUCCUGGCCAUGCGAUGGGUUGGUGCAGACCACAGAGUAGGCUGCAGGGGCUCGCUGAUGCCCGAGGGGCUGCUCCUCCAGCUGAGUCAGGCCUCAGAGGCCCAGGGCCCUGGGGUCAGCCAUCUGCCAGAGCUGCCAGCCCAGGGAGCCCGAGGGCCUGGGGUGGGGGACCUGCCAGCCCCGGAGCAGGGCUGUCCAGGAGAGCUGGGUCAGGGCACGCAUCAGACGGCCUGCAGGGCCAUCGGUGACCCACAGGGCACAUUGCAGGGGUACAAAAGCCUACACAUCCCCUGCCCAGGAGGCUGCCCACUGCCCCACCACAAUCCCAGUCCCAGUCUCAGUCCCAGGCGGGGCUGGAGCAGGCUAAGGUGCUGAGGUGACAGUAGAGAAAUUCUAGUCUGAGUAAAGGUAGUUUAAAACAGAAGGCAGUUAAAAUUUAACCUCUGCUUUCUGCCACUGUUUCUCUGCUUGUAGUGCUGCAUCAGGUGCUAUGUUGGCGACAUAGAAAAGUUCAGAGAAGAAAAUCAAUGUCACUGACAGCCUCACACUUGGAAGUGACCCCUGUGUACACUUCAUUUAUUCCGAGCCAUGGGGCCGCAGUAUUGGGGUCACUGUAACCCUCAGUUCCUGCCAGGUUCCCUCCAUCCAGCAGCAAGGCCUGAGUGGUGACUGUGACCUGUGCUGCCACCUGUCCUCGUGCCUCUGUCACCGGGCCCUGGUGGUGCCCCCGCUCCAGCAGGCAGUGUGUGAGCUCACGCUGUUCCCCUCUCCAGUGGAGAGAAUCUGCCUCCUUGUGCCGUUGUGAGCAUUAUCGUGGUUAAUCCGUGAGAGCGUGUAGGUCAAGGCCUGGAAUGCAGGUGGCGCCUGGGGGGUCCCCUUCCCACAGCUGCUACUCAGCGAGCAGGUGCAGGUGUGCACUCCAGGGUGGGAGGUCUCUGCCAGCGGCAGUCUCUCCCCUGCUUCCACCUGCCGCCACCUCGCAUGCAGACUCCCUUUUCUCUGCUCCCUCCCAAGGUUGAGCCUAUCUUGCCUUAUGCACGCGCUCUGCAAAAAUGCCACUUUCAGUUUUUUGAUUUUAAAAAAUUCAUAACAUUUUUACAUAAGAAGAGUGGUAAACCUUCACCAGCUGUGGCACAUUCCUGUGAUCCCAGCUCUUGGAAGGCUGAGGCAGGAGGAUCACUACAAGUUUGAGGCCAGCCCGGGCUACUUAGGGAGACCUAUUUUUAAAAAAGUAGUAAACCCUCAACAUACCCAUUAUAAGUAAUUUUUCCUCCUUUGUUGUUUGCCUUCUAGUUGUAUUCAUCUUUCUUUUUCACACAGCAAAGCUUAAAGCUUUUAAAUCAGAAAUCUGCAUUUGAAGACUAAGAAUCAUUUCUGCCUCACCCUGUGAGGCCAUGGUUGGAAGCUCUGCUCUGACACUAAGAGCCUCUCCAUCUUCACCUGCUUUUCUGGAAGUACAUUUCAGCACAGAUUGGCCGUGGGGUUAUCGUGUGAGGUUGGAACCUCACAUGGUCAGACCUUCGAGUAACGCACCAGCCUGAAAUGCCACGGUCAGAUGCGGUCCUGGCCGUAUUUCUGCUCUUUUCUGUCUUACCAGCUUGUAUCUUGUCCUGAUGCUUUCAUUGCUCUGGUCUGUAUGCUUGUAAUAGCUGCAGAUAAAGGCCUCGUCUUCUAUCUCUUUCAAAAAUUUCUCAGUUAUGCAAACUGUGGCAUUAUUCUGUCGAGGCUGGGCAUUCUCCCACCUCCAAAUCAAGAAAAGUUUGUUGGAAUUUGUUUGGACAUCUUGUCUCACUUAUAGAUGAACACCAGGAGAGCUUGUAUCUUUAUAAUAAGUUAUCUUUUCAUCUAAGGCUGUUUCUUCAGUUUUCUUUAUUUUAAUAAAACGCUCUCUGGUUAUUGGCUAUUAUAUUAAAAUCUUCUUUAAACAUUA